AAACGCUUCACAACGUAAACAAAGAUUAGAAGAAAACUUUCAAGGGACGAGGUCAUAAAAACCAACCCAGGAAACAGGUUUCCCAGCCUCAUGGACCAUCUUGGGCUGGCGUCAAACUUUGUAGCCGUCUAGGAAACUGCGGUGAGAGUUAGGAUUUGGAUGGAGAGCUCUGCCUCGACUUUAGUUGCCAGCCAGUUUUUCACCAGUGUGUUCCGCGUAGGGCACAUACAAAUACGCUUUUCAAAGCAUGUCUUGGAAUUCGUGUGGAGAUAGAGGAACAUCAGCAAUGGCGCCCGGGACAAAGUCCGCAGGACCUGAAACCGAAGCAUCCUGUUUUUAAAACAAUCGAAAGCGAAAGUACCACUGGUGACUGAGCUGUGACCGUCGUCGAGACCCGGCUUGCGAUUUCGCGUUGGGGUUCGGUUCUAAGCGACUGCUUCCUGGAGCUGCUCGGCGGAGCGCGGAAUCAUGGAUGCUGAUAUGGACAACAAACAGCAAGCUUAUGAAGAAUUCUCAUCAAUAGAAAUUUUGGAAGAUGAACAAAAUGAGGGAUUAAUUCAUGAAAUUUUAAAGGAAAACAUACAGCUAGAACAGGAGAUCAAAAGACUUGAAGCGGAGUUAAGCUCGGAUGCCAGAGAAUUCCAAAUUAAAGAGAAUAUACCAGAAAGAAAGCUUAAGUUCACUUCAAUGAAGAGUUCCGAGGAUGGUGGCCAGUUCUCAAAUAGCUCCUGUUCAUUCCAAGUGAGCUCACAAAUUCUCUAUGAGCUCCAGAAAGGACAAGCACUUAUCACCUUUGAGAAGGAAGAAGUUGCACAGAAUGUGAUAACGAUGGGGAAGCAAGUGGUGCAGCUGGAGGGGAACUCCGUGGUGGUCACCGCGCAACCGGUCCCGCUAAGCCUAGGCGUCAGAUUCCAGGUUCAUGUGAACGUUUCUAAAACGAAGAUCAAUGUUACGGGAAUCCCUGAUGAACUGCCGGAGGAGCAGACAAGAGACAAGCUGGAGCUGAGCUUCUACAAGUCCGCGAACGGAGGCGGGGAGGUGGAAAGCGUGAACUACGACAGGAAGUCGGGGAGCGCCGUCAUCACGUUCCUGGAAAGUGGAGUUGCCGACAGGAUUUUGAAGAAGAAAACCUACCCUCUUUAUAUGAAUCCAAAGUGCUGCCAAGUUACAGUCUCUCCCUUUAUAGAGAGACGCUUGGAAAAGUACCAGGUGUUUUCAGCCAUAUCGAAGAGGACCGUACUUCUGACUGGAUUAAAAGGCGUUCGGAUGAAUGAAGAGGAUGUGGAGGAUUUAAUCAACAUUCACUUCCAAAGGAGGAACAACGGAGGUGGAGAAGUUGAUGCGGUCAAGUGCUCUUUAGAUGAGUCUUGCAUUGCGUAUUUUGAAGACUAGGCCAGAGAAAGCACAUGGAAGCUAUAACUUUGAGCCCAAAUAACUGUCAACAUUUACAAAAUAUUGUUUUCCUUUAAAAAAAAAAAGAAUUUUAAU